UAGUGCUGUAGAGCUGAGCGCGGCACCGUAUAAUACUUGUUCAAUGUCUCAGCCUCAGACUGAGCUUCCUGAACCCAUGUCACAUUUAGGUUAGCUGGCCGACAUCGUCACCACAGCAGCGGCAGAAAACACAGAUCGGAAACAUGCUUUGGUUCGAAGGCUCGAUUUCUGCUGCCAUUAACUCAGCUAAGCAGCGGGGCUUCGUUUUUGUCGUCGUCAUUACUGGCGAAGAUGAACAGUCCGCACUGCUGAUGUCCAGCUGGGAGGACCACACAGUCUCAGAGGCAGCACUCAACUGCUGUGUGGCCAUUAAUGUCGAUGCCAAGAGUGAAGCAUGUAUGCAGUUCUCCCAGUUCUAUCCAGUAGUUUGCAUUCCCUCUUGCUUCUUUAUUGGGGAGAAUGGAAUUCCUCUGGAGGUCAUCGCUGGGAGUUUGUCCGCCGAAGAACUGAUGAAAAGAAUCAACAGAGUUAAUCAGAUGCAUACUGAUCAGAUUGGAGGUGCCACAGUGUUUCCAGAGGCAAGUACUCCUGUGGAGACCAGCUCACAGAAAAGCACAGAAUCAGCUGUAGCCUCAGCUACCGCAAAGGCCGUCAGGUCAGCAGCAGAAGCCACAGUUCUUGCAGCAGUAUCAGGAAGUGCAAAAGCACCUCUAUUGAGCUCAGAAGAUGCCCCAGUGACUCUUGCAGAAAAUGCUUCUUCAGAUGAUGCUACUCACUGUGCUCAGAGUGAGGAAAACCUGGACUCUAAAGUGCAAAGGUUAAACAAAAAACUGGAGGAGAGACAAGAGCAAAAGAAGAAAGGAGAAGAAGAGGAUGAGAUCAGAAAGGAAAUGGAGCGGCGGAAGAUUGGGAAGGACGUGCAGGACUUAAAAAAGAAACAAGAAGACGAUAAGACUAAGCGUCUCCUGGAUGAGAGGAACCGGGAGAAGGCAGAGGAGAAGGCUGCCAGGGACCGGGUCAAACUUCAAAUUGCCAUGGACCGAGCUGACAGAGCAGCCCGCUAUUCCAAAACCCAGGAAGAGGACAAAGCUGUUAAAGAUGCUCUGCUGCAGGCCCGACAGGCAGAACAGGAGGCCAGGAAGGAGACAUUGGUCAGGCAGAGGAGUACCAUAGCAAGGAUACAGUUCCGCCUCCCAGAUGGGUCAUCUCUCACCAACCAGUUCCCCUCUCAGAGCACACUGCAGGAGGCUCGUCACUUUGCUGUUCAGGAAGUGGGAAACCGUUACGGCAACUUCUCCCUAGCAACCAUGUUCCCUCGGCGGGAGUUCACAACUGAAGACCUGAACAAAACUCUGCUAGAGCUGGAAUUGGCUCCAAGUGCUUCCAUUGUGCUUCUGCCGCAUUCAGGCAGGUCUGCUAACACUUCAGUCCAGUCCUCUGGGGAUGGCAUUUGGGCAGUUCUUGGAACACUCCUCUAUCCUCUACUGGCUGUAUGGAGAUUCCUCAGCACCUUUCUGUUUACAACUCCCCCCCCUCCUGGGCCGGCAUCCCAAGGCUCCACCCAGCCGUCCAGUUCGUAUACCAACUCAUCAUCGGCCUCCGACAAGGCAAAGCGAGAAACUCACACUCUGGAGGAGCGUCCCAAAGACUUCAAGAAAGAGGGUAAAAUCUGCAGUCUGAGGACUCAGGAGGACAGUGAGGAUGAGAACAACACUUGGAACGGGAACUCUACCCAGCAGAUGUAACAUGUGAAGUAAUUCAGUCUGUUUAGGGUUGCUGCUCCGGCUGAUGCUUUGUUUUCUACCCCAUUCAUGCUUGGUAUAAACAUCCAUCCUGAGUGAUCCAGUCACAAGUGGUGAACACCAAGUUCAGGUCUGAACUUGCCCAAAUGCGUCCUGAAUUCAUCCUGAGAGCCGAUCACUCAAACCACAUUAAGAGGUGGUCUGGGACGCAUUCCUCUCGCUCUGUGAACGGAUGCCCUCUGGGCCACAAAUGAAGGACCACCUACCCAGCUGACAUCCUCUGACCUGCUCCAGUUUCAAAGAAUCAAAUGUAUUUUGUUGUUUCUCAGUGCCGAUACGUCGAUUUGUUAGGGUUAGGGUUACAGUAUCAACACAUAAUAAUUGAUGCAACUCUUUUGCCUCCCUCUCUAGCUUCUCCCAACAGACAGACACACACUGUGACAUCAGACACAUAUUUAAACUCAGACCGGUUAAAAAAUACAUAAUUUGGCCUUUGAGAAAACAUGAUUAUUAGCAUUAUAGAGUGGGGAAGUGAGAUCUGAUGACAAGUGUUCAAUGGAGACACAUUCAGGAACCGUUUAAUUCCAGGUGUAAACACAGGUACUUAAUGCUGUCCUCUUGAGAUUAUCAGGACUGAUGUUAAUACCAGGUCUGAACAGGGCCUUUGUUAUACUGUGUCCCAAACCUAUGCCCUCCUUUUUCUCCUAACCUUUGCUCAGAAUACAGCAGCUUCACAGAGUGCUUUAAGCUACACAAGUAUCAUCUUGGGGUUUUUGAUCUCAGUAGUUAAUUGUCAGAUAGAUGAUAAUUAAGUUAAUUAUUAACAACAAUUAUCAGGCACCACACUGAUUUAAAAACCAUCAGACCCGAGGAUGCAUUGUUAUGGAGUCAAUGGAAUUUAGAAAUGUCUAACUUUGAAAUGUGAUUGGGACUUAUUCCAUCAAGCAGCAAAAUGAAGACACUUUUGUCUAAGUCUAGGAUGUAUAAAACAUUUCAUAAAACAGCUUGCAAACUGCUGCUAGAGGACUGUGCAUCUACAAAGGUGGCCCGUAAACACAAACACACAUGUUUGUACUACUAUCUUGGUAAAUAAACUAAUUUGCAUAAUGCAGUCCCUAGCUCCUUACCCUAAACAUCCAAACUAAAUGCUUAACCUAAUCUAAACCUAAUUCUAACUCUUACCUUAAACCAAGUCUUAGCCCCCGAACAGUCCAUUAAAGGGGGGGUUAACAAAGUUUUAAAAAAUUUCCCCCCAACGUAGGCUGUAGGCUCAAACUUUUCUUCACAAAGAAGGCUGUACAACAGCACGCACACCUAGGCAUCAUGUGUUUCUACGAGCUGAUAAUGGGUAACUACUGAUGUUUCUGCAUUACAAUAUGAAAAUUAAAGUAGUCUAGUUUUCAAAUUUUUGUAUUUGUUCUUUGUUGACCUGAUCCCAAUUCUUCAUAUGUGGGUGAACCUAUCUAGGCCCGCAGUUUGACAUUUGACUUGAAUAAUUGUUCUUUUAUCUUGAAAUAAGGCAACAUGAUUAUUGUCUGAUCAGUUGACAUGGUCAUAUUACCUCAGCCUGUUACAAACUAUUAUAAAUUAAACACAUCUGACCCCAAUAAUAACUUGGUGGCAGUACAAUGAACACAUUACAACAGUACAUAAAAUUAUUCUUUAUUUCAUGAAUAAUAAAUUUAGACGAAAAGUCCUUAAGUAUUAUGUGUUCUGGUGGGAAGUGGUAACUCUUUUGGUCACAGACCAUGCAGCAAGUAUCUUUUUUCCAUAGUUUUCAAAACUCCAUUUGGAUUGGUCUUUAUCUAAUCUGCAAAGCUUUAUUCGCAAAGGGAUAGUUUUAACUCAUAUCUACUGACCACUAUGUCGAUGGAAGGAGGGGCAGGUGAAGUGUUUGAGUCCACAAAACACUUCUGGACUUUCAGGGGUAAGCAGUGUUGCAGCCAAAUCCAAAAUCCAAUCCUCCAUGUUGCUCCUGUGGUGUCAUCCAAGGGUCCUUAAGCACCCACAUUCAAAUUCGACUAGAAAAAAGGUUAUUUACACAGUUUUUAGCCUAAAUUUCCUCUGAUAUCUUCUGGAGCAGGGGUUUUCAACUGGUUUUGUCCCAGGGACCACCAUUCUGCCUAGAAAGUAAUCCACGGCCCACUGAUUUGCCUACGCGCGCGUGUGCCUGUGUGUGUGUGUGGACAGAAGGAAGUUUUAACAUUUGGUUUUCCAUGUUGGUUUUGACUAAAAGAAACCUCAAAACAAAUCCAGAAAAAUCUGUGUAAAAAACAGCAAAAACGUUUGAUUUCCAGGGCUUAAGAAUUAAAAACAAAAUUAAAAUGCAGUUUCUAGUUGUAGUGCUUGUCAGAACCAUAUGUACAUCAAUAUAUAACGUUCAUGACUUAAAUGUACAGACAUGUAGCUGACAUGUUGCGAGAACGUGAAAGUAACAGUGAUCAAUAACAAUCAACAUAAACUGGGGCUACAACUGAAGAGGGAAGAUGACAAAGCAAUGCAGAAUAUGUCACAAAUGAUAAUCAUACAAUAUUACACGAAUAAUUGAGGCCUACUUAAGUUUAACCUCAUGAUCACCAGCAGCAAAUCCCACCUACUGCUAGUGUUGGGAGAGAGGGUGGUGGGUGAGUAGUACUUCUGUGUGUGUGUGUGUGUGGAGAGAGGGGAGACCAAUCAGUGUGAUAUCUGGGCAUGGUGAAGUCCACACAGCAUGUCUAUUCGUGGCGAAAUGGUAGACAGCAACAGUCUCAUGUCAUCCUCUGGUUUAAGCCUUGCCCGGUACUUAUUCUUCAAGUACGCCAGUGUAGAAAAAACGCUCUCACACAGGUAGGUUGUUGGAAAGGGCAAAAGAUACCUCAUUGCUUUUGCAGCAAGCUGUGGAAAUUCUGUCUUGCAACUUAUCCAGAACUUAACAAGGGACUGUGUGUCACACUUUGAGUCUCAGAGCUCUCCUAAGAAAUUGUUUCUCAACCAGCAAACAUGGUUAAGUUGACUGUUAUUGCAAUUCAUUGUUUUGGCUAUUAUGCCAAUUUAUUUGUCUUAUUACAAAGUAUUUGUUUUCGCUCUUUUGUUUUAUUUAAUAAUUUCAUUAUUAAUUCUGCCCUUUUGGCCUUCUUUUUGGGAAAAUAAAAAUUCCCUAUAUACAAACUACAUCUCUGCUCAACCGCUCUUCUACAUCUACCUUUACCACUCAUGCACAGGGGAAAACUACUGUCAGUUUCUAGACCCCAAGCCGGUUUCAAGGUUCCCCUCAACACCUUUAUAUUAUUUUAGACAUAUUUUUCUUAUUUUAGAUUUUUGGGUUAGGGUUAAUAUGGUGAGACUCAGACUCAAAACCCUAUUGACAGUAUCAGAUAAGAUAGUUCCAGCAUCUGAGGGUGAAUGAGCUCGAUGUGUCUCAACUAAAGAAUUGGGAUGACAGCCAGGUCUCUGCCCCCCCAGGGGGUAAUCAUAGACAUGGAUAUCAGACAGUGUGUGAGAGGGACAUUUGAACAGCAGCUUUUCCAUAUUCAUCUCUCAACUCUUUUAAAUGCAGUUUGCAACUCUGGACUAGGAAACAAUGGCUGUGUGUACUGAUAGCAAAUAUUGGAUUACCAAAAUGUGAUUUAUUAAUUUUUUAUUGAACUAUUAAAAAGAAUCUGCCUCUGCCUGCACAAAUACAAUCCUCAGAAAGUGGAUUGUACUAUACCUGACAAAGACAGGGUAAAAUAUAAUUAUUUUAUACAAAGCAUUACAACAGUUUUGAUAUGAAUGAAAAAGAGAAUUGAAAAUUAUAAUUUCAUGUGAAAUGGGCAAUGAAAUUAAGUGUGCAGGUAAUGUUAAUGGGUAGCUUUUAGUGCAAAAAUUGCAUUAAAAUAUUCCUGAGCAUGAGCAUUACAAAAGAAAUUCAACUAACAUAAGUCUCACACAAUUAUAAUAGUACAAAGCAAUGCUGAGCGUUUUCCUGCUGCAGUAGAAGACCUCAUUCUCCAGUGAAUGUUGGGUUGGCCACAGUGGUGGUGGCAUUCUGGAACAGUGGGUUGUCAGCCUGGUGACAGAGAAAGCCAGGUGGUUUGUUAAUUACCAUUUCCAUAUUCAGCUUUUAUCAUGUCAUAUUACCACAGACCAUGUUGGAUCUCCAGAAUUGCAAAAACAGUUAUUGUGGAUUAAUACUGUCAUAUAUCGCCCGGGGACACCAGUGCCAGGGAGUGUGACAUCUAAAACGGUGGUGUAGUUCAAGUUUAAUUUCAUUUAAAUAAAAUCAGGUUAGUAGGCUGUAUGUUUAUUGGGGUGGGGGUGCAUGGUCUUAUCAAUUGAUGUCUUAAAAUGUAUAUCUACUCCAUGACUUAGAAUGUGAAGUUGACCUUUCAGAGGGCUUUGUAACAUAUUAGAGAUGAAUGGAUGCUUGUUUGUCAGCAUUAAAGUUGAUCAUCAAACGUCCACAGCCUUACCUGACCCCCGCAGCCUCAUUGUGUCAACAUAAUACAAUAACAGUAUGUCCUGCUGUACAGCACACCACACUGCUGCUGCACUGCAGGGUUUUGUAGACUUUCUUUCAAACAAAAAAUAAGAUGUGCCUCUCUGCAAAGUAAAUUCACACUAAGUAACAACACCAUAAAAUCCCUAAAUGGUGAUUAUUUCUAGCUUAUCAGUAAUAAAGAAGUGCCUCACCUUU